CCUCCCUGCACUGCAGUCAGCCCUGCUCGCACGGUUGGCGUAGGAAGGUCACGUUAUAAAGCGGCUCGUCACUAGCGGCAGCUGAACGGGGGACUGCGCAAAAAACCACGGUCCGGAUUUGUGCCUGGCUGACGUCAUGGGGAGCCACAGACCACUCUGACAGGAUCCAGCGACGACCAGCACCGGAGAGCAACAUCCAGCGGGGCCGGAGGCGAGAACGAGUCGACGGACAUCGCUUUAAAAAACAAACAAAAAACAAACAAACAAAAACGUGUGGCCGGUAAAGUAAAACAAAAGAAGAAGGAAAAAAACAAGCCGUGGAGAUUUGGCUUAGGCGGACUGUGCGACUGCGGCUCACCAUGAGAGCGCUUCCCCGCUGUUAAAGCGACUACUACGGCUGUUUUCUGCCUCAAAACGAGCCGAGCAGCGAGGGGGGAUAAGCAGCCAGAGGACUAAUCCCCGGGACGGUCACAUUCACGGCGGGACUUGGACCCGACAGAAAUGGACAGGGCAGCACGAACUGGAUUAAAUGAUAGGGAAUAAAGAGGCGCAGCGCACAAAGCCCAACCUGAAGUGUUAUGCCCGUUAACCCGUGCGGUCUUUAUCUGACUGGAAAUGGGAGCUUUGACGAGCAGGCAGAACAUAGGCGUGGAAGAAGUGGACAUCCCGUCCAAUUCGGUGUACCGGUACCCACCGAAAUCUGGGAGUUACUUCGCCAGCCAUUUCAUCAUGGGGGGAGAGAAGUUUGACUCCACCCAUCCGGAGGGUUACCUGUUCGGGGAAAACACUGACCUUAACUUCCUGGGGACCAGACCAGUAGCGUUCCCGUAUGCAGCCCCUCCACCUCAGGAACCAGUAAAGACGCUACGAAGCCUUAUAAACAUUCGAAAGGACACGCUGCGGCUCGUAAGGUGCAGCGAGGACCUGAAGCUGCCGGGUGACGAGGCGGCGGGAAAGAACAGAGCGUGCUACAACGUAGAGUUUACUUUUGACGCCGACACACAGGUGGCCAUCACCAUCUACUACCAGGCCAUAGAGGAGUUUCACAAUGGAGUGCCAGUCUACCUGCCACAGGACAGCUCACUGCAGUCUGAGACGGUGCACUUCAAGAGGGGAGUCUGCCAGCAGUUCUGUCUGCCCUCGCACACCGUCAACCUCAGUGAAUGGGCCGACGAUGAGCUGCUGUUUGAUAUGGACAAGGAGAUCUUCCCCAUGGUGGUGCAGGCCGUCGUCGACGAGGGAGAAGAGCAUCUGGGCCACUCUCACAUACUGCUGGCCACAUUUGAAAAGCACAUGGACGAGAGCUACUGUGUGAAGCCUCUGAAGCAGAAACAAGUGGUGGAUGGUGUGAGCUACCUGCUGCAGGAGAUCUAUGGGAUAGAGAACAAAUACAACAGUCAGGAAUCAAAGGUUGCUGACGACGAGAUCAGCGACAACAGUGCGGAGUGUGUCGUUUGUUUGUCUGACGUGCGAGACACACUCAUCCUACCGUGCAGACAUCUGUGUCUCUGCAACGCCUGCGCAGACACGCUGCGCUACCAGGCCAACUGCUGCCCCAUCUGCAGACUGCCAUUCAGAGCUCUGCUUCAGAUCCGAGCAAUGAGGAAGAAGCUCAGUCCUCUGUCACCCACCAGCUUUAACCCUGUCAUCACUUCCCAGACCUCCGACUCAGAGGAACACUCGGCGUCAGAGCACAUCCCUCCAGGCUACGAGGCGGUGUCUCUCCUGGAGGCGCUGAACGGACCCCUCAACACCUCCUCGGUGGCUCCUCCUCCUCUCCACUCUGGUCCCAGCCACGUCUCCGGAGCUCUUCCUCCGUACAGCAGCGAGCCCCACCCGGCACCGGCCCGCUCCCUCUCCCCUCUGGACCACUCCAACUCCAGUCAGGGACUCAAGCUCAAGAAGAGUGGUUCAAAGUCACUUUCCCAGAAUUCCUCUGUGCUUCCUGAGGAGGAGGAUGAGAAGUCUUGCAGUGAGUCGGAGGCCUGUCGCCACAAACUCGUUGCGGACCAGCAGGAGUGUGGAGUGACUCCAGACAGCGAGAACCUGACUCUGUCCUCGUCUGGAGCCAUCGACCAGUCGUCCUGCACCGGCACCCCGCUCUCCUCCACCAUCACCUCCCCUGAAGACCCAGUGAGCAGCAGCCUGGCCCAGUCAGUGAUGUCCAUGGCCUCGUCCCACUCGCAGCACUCCCACAUCAGCACUGACACCAUGUCCUCCAUGUCAGGGUCCUACCUGGCCGGGGCCGAAGGCGAGCCCGGGGACGAUGGGGUGGAGGUGGAGGGCGAGGAGAGCCAGGACGCCCCCAUGGAGAGCCGAGGACUGUCGCAGCAGGACGGGGAGUUUUCCAAGGAGCCAAAGGAACAAAAAUACUCAGUUGCUGUAGAGGAGCAGGACUCAGAGGGAAAUGAUGUCACUGAAGAGGACUGCUCCUCCCCAUCUAAUGGGAAAGGUGGGCGGAGCAGGUGUCCAGAGUUGGCCAAUAACAAUCAGGGCGUCGCCCUCUGUGACACGCCCUCUUUGGGGUUGGAUAAUGAGCAGGCUCCCGACAGCCGAUUCGCCGAUCUGAUGUACCUCGGGGGCUACAGGCCUGUUCUGGAGCCCCGCCCCCACCACACCUCCACCAGCAACAUCAACCUGGAGGAGCAGGGGGCCGAGAACAGGGACGGCCAGAGCCCCAAACAUCCCCGCCGUGGACCACUCAUUGUGUAACACCCCCCCCCCGACACAAACACACAAACUGUACCCGUCCAGACUGAGCUCUUCUUACCCUGCCGUAGUGCUGCAACGCUGGAUCCCGUCCUCGCUGUCCAGGGAAACACAUCCAUCAUUAUCUCCUGGAUUGAUUGUCUUCGUUGGAACUUUAGAGGACGAAAGAGGACUCACCCCUCCGUCGUUUGUGCACUUUUGAUCUCACAGGACUUUCCUUGUUUUCUUGUCUGUGACCUAAACUUGUCGUGGGAAUGAUUAGCCUACUGCUCCAUUAUUAUUUAUUACCUGUAGGUUUAAUGAGAGCUGCGUAUCGUGACACUAUCUUUAGAAGAAUACAUGCUGCUCCUCUUCUCUCCUCUUUUAUCCCUUCCUAUUACCAGCCAAACAGUCAGGGGCUACUGUGAUCGGCAAUCGGAUUUAUUACUAGCUAUCUUCUUCUUCUUCUUCUUCUCUGUUACAAACUGUUUGUCGAAUGAAUGGUCGGACACUUUGACGCCAAACGUCAGCUCACACCGGACUACCUUACCUGGAACAUGCCGACCCUCCUCCUCGGAUCAGGGAGCUCCCGUCUCGCAUGCAGCUUUCCUCUCAUCCCCGCUUUCGAAGAAACAUCUGCCGAAUGUGAACGGAGAGGCGGUCGGACUUGUGCGAUGGUGGACGAGCUGAGAAACGGUGGCCGUAAUGAACAGAGAUGAACUGAAAAAAAAAUGUAAAAAGAAACAAAGAAUGUAGGACGAUGAACGUGGAAUUCACAGAAGGGGAAUGUACAUCUGAAAUCAUCACCGAAACUGGAAUUAAACUCAAACUUUGACGCUCACACACCCACCGUUACCAUGUUUCUCCUCCCACAGCUUCAUCUUAGCAUGUCAGUAUUAUUGUAGUGCAACUGGAAACCAACAAAACGCACCGAGCAAUAAAGAAAACUGCAUCUCCUCCUUUCUCUCCUGCACUAGGACGCUCAUUUGCAGUUCAAACGAUGACAAACUGUGUUUGCACUGGCCUGUUCUAUUCAGAUUCAGACGUUUCAGUGUGUUCUUUUUCUCAUUUCGUUUGAAUGUUGCCAUUGUAAAGGGAUUUAUUGUGAGAAUAGCGCCAUGCAGUGAAUCUGAACGGGCUUAGAUUUACACGCUGUUAGAUGGCAUUUUGUUCGUCCUCGUUCCGAUCAUCCCGAUGAGUCCUCCUCUUCUCGUUUGUGGAGCUUUUAGUUGUUCUGGUUUUGUAUGACUUUAACGUGUAUCUCACCUGUUGUCUGUGUUUUAAUUUGUUGCAGAACACUGUGUCGUUUAUUAGAAUGUGGAUGAAAACAUGUGAACGUUUUGUAAAGGUUUACAACGCUCGCGCGGCUCACAUCACCAAUGAAACCGGAAAAAGGGACGAUAUCAACAUUUAAUGCACUAUUAGCUGGUUCCUAGACGACACACUUUGCGGUGCAUGAGGCGACAGUAGAGGAAGCAUGUUAGUCUAGGUCAGCCUGCACCCUCCUGUGCACUUGAUGAUGGAUCAACACACACAUAGAGCAGUGUCAUAUCGUUCUGUGGUGUUAUUUAUCGGUUGCUGGCACCCUGUUCCAUUGACCGAGCUGUUACGGUCAGAACUACUGCACUACUAUACCCAAGCUGCAAAGUGUCACGUGAUCACAGUCCGAAUGUGCAGACGAAGCCGCCAGUCGCAGUCUGAUAUCAAAGGAACCCACUUUUCUAGAGCGAAAAUGUCAAAGAAGACGUCAAACAGACAAUAAAGUUUUUGCAACUAAA